GGUGGAAGGGAUUUAUCUCGGCUGCUCCCAAAACACAGGCAAAAGAAACCAGAGAAAAUGAAUUACUCGCGAUAAAUUAAAUUAGAACACGAGAUAAUAGUAACUGCGAGACAUUGAAACAAGCUAACGUAGCAUAAUAAGCAGCUAUUUAUAAAACUCCGCUGCUCUCAGGGAUUUCUUUUUUCAAUAGCGUCUAAUUUCGUCGCCACGUGACGAAUCCGGGUGACUUCCACGACGGAAACUUUAUCUCUCCGACACGUGGCAUUAUCUUAGCCCCGAUGGAGAAAUCAUUGAACCUACUCUUCCCUCCACCAUAUAACCCCCCCACAAUUUCGAUCCCCCACCCCUCUCUCUCACCCUCUUAGAUGCCAAAACGAUGUCGGAGCCUACUACCACAGCGGCGGCAGAGCACCACCCACACCACCGUCCCACCAUUCAACCACCGCAUUUCUCGGCUGCCCAAGGUGGACCCAGCACAUCGACCGCCACGUUAACUCCGCUCGUGCGAGACUACAAGAAAGGAAACUGGACCAUCCAGGAAACGAUGAUCCUGAUCACGGCAAAGAAACUCGACGAGGAACGUCGGAUCAAGCCGGCCUCUACCUCUCUGGACCCCACUACGAAAGGGGAGCUGAGGUGGAAGUGGGUGGAGAACUACUGCUGGAGCCAUUGGUGUUUAAGAAGCUCCAACCAAUGCAACGACAGGUGGGAUAACCUGCUUCGCGACUACAAGAAGGUCCGUGAGUACGAGUCCAAUGCCCAGUCAAGAACCGACCUACCAUCUUAUUGGAAUUUGGAGAAGCAUGACCGCAAGCUUUGGAACCUGCCCUCUAACAUGGCCUUGGAAGUCUUUCAAGCUCUAAACGAAGUUCUUCAGAGGAAAUACUCCACACAGACAACCGCAUUGCGGGUCCCACAAACUCUUUCUGUUUCUCCUUCUCCGGCUCCCCUCACCGCUCCGCCUCUCCUUCCGGCUCCCAUGGGUUCUCCUCCGGUUGCUUCAGAAAGAUCAGAAUCGGCGGGAACAGAGCGAAGCGAGAAGCACACGGAGUCUGAUGAUACAAAAGGUAAAAAACAUGAGAAAAUAGGAUCCAGCAUGAAGCGAAGUGCUUCCCUAUUGGCCAAAACGCUUCAAAAUUGCGAAGAGAAGAAAGAGAAACGACACCGUGAGAUAAUGGAGGUGCAACGCAGAAGGCUUGAGAUAGAAGAAGCUCAAAACGAAGUGAAACAGCAAGGGAUGGUCAAUCUUGUGACUGCUAUGUCAAACCUUUCUAGUGCAAUUCAAUCUCUCAUCUCGGAUCCUCCUCAUCAUGAUGAUCAACAACCUACAUGACCUUAUAUGUACUCAUUUAUAAUACAAAUUAUCUGAUCAUGCCAUUAUUCUUUUGAGUAAAUUAAUUUGAAUGUAAUAUAAUUUGGUAAUUAAA